GCAGUGAAUGCAUCAUUUUACUGCAGGAUCUCACUAACGAAGCCAGGUACAGUAUGCAUGCCUGAGAGACUGCAGUGCUCCAAUAGACUCUCCUCCCCCCAACCUCUCUCUGAACAUGUAGCACUGCCAAACAUACAUUUCUGUUGCUAUUCUUGGAGAACAGAGACUAUCAAGACGAGACGGACUGUCAUCACUGCCUCAGAUGUACCAACAGAUAGCAGAGGGACGCCCUGAAAAAGCCGCAGUGCCCUGCCAGGUCACCAGCAAAGUGAGAGAUUUUUUGAAGGCUUUAUUCUCCUUGUUUGCAGGUACACACAAGAUCAAGCUGUCUCACUUAUCUGCAAACAGCUCUUCUGUGUGUAGGGAGGAGGGGGACAAACAGGGUGAGAAGACAACAAACAGAAGGCAAACCAGAGCCAUGAAGACUCGACUGGGCUGUUUAUCAAAUAAAUCCGAUUCAUACAGUGAUUUCACAGCCUUUCUUCCUCCUGUAACAGCAAAGACAACCAGAUGCAUAAAGUUAUCAACAGAAAAAGUCAAACAAUGGACGGAAUCAUUUGACAUCCUUCUUUCCCAUAAAUAUGGUUUGGCUGCAUUUAGAGCAUUCCUUCAAACAGAAUUCAGUGAGGAAAACAUUGAGUUCUGGAUGGCCUGUGAGGACUAUAAGAAGACCAAGUCCACAGCGAAACUGGGCUUGAAGGCUAAGAAGAUAUAUGAGGAGUUCAUUGAUGUUCAAGCUGCGAGAGAGGUGAAUAUUGACUUUCAGACACGAGAGAUGACAAGGAGAAACCUUCAGGAACCCACCCCCUCAUGCUUUGAUGAUGCCCAAGGAAGAGUGCACAGCCUUAUGGAAAAAGACUCAUAUCCCAGGUUCUUGAGAUCUAAAAUCUACAUGGACUUAUUAAACCAGACUCAAACUCACUCCCAAAGGCGAUUUAGUUAGAGAGACCAGCAUUAUUAUCUCUACUGCAUCCAUGCACCCCUUAAUUUAAUAUGUGUAAAUAGUAUAAAAUAACCCAAGGGGUUUUUAAGGUUGAAAAUGGGAAAGACCAUCAGAUGCUUUCCUGUGCUGGUUUCACGUAUUGAAACAUAUUAUAUAUUGAAACAUAUAUUGUACAGCUUCACGUGGCCUUGUAAUUAAUAUGUACCCUGACUUAUUGUGACCCUACUUCAGACAAAUUGGUUUAAAGUGUAAAAAAUGUGAAAUUACUGGACUAAAAUCCCUGUAUAAACCCUGCGGUAUACCUCAAAUAUUUGAGUUUCUUUUGCUCCUCCAUAUCAUACAAAACAUGACCAUUAUGAUUCCCACAUUCACCUGACUUAAUGAACAUAUCUGAACAUUGAGAAAGCAGAUUCAAUCAUAGAGGUACAUUGUACACACAAUAUAAUAAAUUAAUCUAGUUCUAGAGGCAUCUGUAAGCUGAUGUAUGUGAGAAAACACAGAGCAGCAAUGGUUCAACUCAGCUACAGUAUAUGAGCAGCCAGACACUGCAUUACGGUUUUCAACAGCUUUAAUGGUUAAAAAUACACAUGUAGCCUUAUUCAUGUUCCAUUCUGUGUAGUGUACAUGAUCAUUGUUGGAAGGUAUCCCUGCAAAUGGAAAGCUAAUGGGCAACACAGAUAUGGGAAGUUACAGUCACAGUGAUCCUGUUUGAGCAAAUGGCUGCAGAACAAUACAUGUUUCAGAACAAUAAUUAAACUCAUCAGCUAACCAAGUAAAGUACAAUUGGGCAGUACAAACAUUCAUCUUAUAUUUACUGCAAUAAGCACAAUAAUAGUUGGGAUUUC